CCGGAAAGAGAAAGAGAUGAACAAUAAAAUACAACACAAAAUUGUGAUGGAUUCUGAGUUGGCGAAAGAAAUUCUCGGAAAGGAAAUUGCAAAACAUAGGCUACAUAACUAACUCAUGAAAAUGUUGACAUCGCAAACACAAAUUACAAAAGUAACUGUAAAGAAACUUGGUAUGACUCUAGAAGUGUUAAUAUGAUUGUGUCAUAAGAGUAGUUAGUUUAAAGCAAGAAGAAUCAUUUCUUUCAUGUUUACCGCAUAUCUGAUGACGUCCGGUUCAAAACUUCUCGCUAAAAGCGUUCAUUUCCUGGCACAGCUCAGAGGCCUCCAACUCCUGGAGUUGAGUCAAGCGUGUUGGCUGCUGAAUACCUACGCCUUUUCUUUUAGACUCAGACCCAGGCUCUUCCACCGAGGUGUGGCACUUCCGCGAUGUUUACUCCCUGUUUCUGGCAGAUGUUGCAGCGUGGAUUCCUGGGGCAGUGACUCUGGAUGGCUUCUCCUGCACAACAUGAAUCUGGGUCAACGGAUGCCGCUGUGUACGACGCCUGCGAACAGAGCUAGCUCCAGUAAGCCUAUAAAACCAGGGACCUCUGUGGUAGGGGAAGAGAACCUCCCUUUCACUAAGCAGAUUGAUAGAUUCUUCGACAAGGCUGCGGCUCUGCUGGAGGAGAGACUUAUAGAACAGUACACGCAACAGUUAAACCCGAAUUUAACCUUAACUCAGAAGAGAAACCUGAUCAAGGGUAUCCUGACUAGUAUCAGGUCUUGCUCUCAUCUUCUGACCCUGAACUUCCCCAUCAAGAGGGACAACGGCACCACAGAGAUAAUCAAGGCGUUCAGGGCGCAGCAUAAACAGCAUAGGACGCCCAGCAAAGGAGGCAUUCGAUUCAACCCCGAUGUGGACGUGGACGAAGUGACAGCUUUAGCUGCUCUGAUGACCUAUAAGUGCGCUGUGGUCAACGUUCCUUUCGGCGGAGCUAAAGCUGGAGUUAAAAUUGACCCCAAGAAGUAUUCUCGAAACGAACUGGAGAAGAUCACGCGGACUCUGACCUUAGAAUUAGCUAAGAAAGGGUUCAUCGGCCCUUCCAUUGACGUUCCCGCCCCUGACAUGGGCACUACUCAGAGGGAAAUGAGCUGGAUAGCCGACACCUACGCUACGACCAUCGGCUACAGAGACAUAAAUGCCCGAGCCUGUGUCACGGGAAAGCCGAUCACCCAGGGAGGAAUACACGGCCGAGUGUCUGCGACAGGUCAAGGCAUCUUCUAUGGGAUCAAAAACUUUAUUAUGAAUGCUGACUACAUGGACAGUAUUGGUCUGACCCCAGGAUUCCACCAGAAGGACUUUAUCGUUCAGGGCUUUGGUAAUGUUGGGUAUCACGCGGCCCGCUAUCUCAACAAAGCGGGAUCCUUGUUGAUAGGCGUAGCCGACCGUGAUGCCAGCCUGUACAAGAAGGAGGGCAUCGACCCCGUCCAACUGAACGAGUACAAGAUGAAAACGGGCAGCAUCUCGGGGUAUCCUGAGGCCGAGCCCUACGAGGGAAACUUGUUGACCCAAGACUGUGACCUUCUGAUUCCAGCGGCUACAGAGAAACAAAUAACAGCUGAAAUAGCUCCUCUCAUCAAAGCUAAAAUCAUAGCAGAAGGCGCCAAUGGACCGAUCACUCCAGCUGCAGACGCCAUUCUGAUUGACCGUAAGGUGCUGGUCAUCCCUGACCUAUACAUCAACGCUGGUGGGGUCACUGUGUCGUACUUCGAAUAUCUCAAGAACCUGAACCACGUCAGCUUUGGUCGACUGACUUUUAAAUAUGAGAGAGACGCCAACUACCACCUGCUUCAGAGUGUUCAGAAAUCUCUCAACAACUGGGUUGGUAAUGAAGGUAAGAUGAUUGACGUCACACCAAGUGAAGAAUUCAAAGCCAGGAUCGCAGGCGCCUCAGAAAAAGACAUUGUGAAAGCAGGCCUUGAACAGACCAUGGAGAGGAGCGCCGGGGACAUCAUGGCGGCCGCCAAACUGUACAAUUUGGGACUGGAUCUCAGGACGGCUGCUUAUGUUUUAGCCGUGGAGAAACUGUACACUUCUUACAGAUAUUCUUCAUUUCUUUAAGAUUUUGUUUUACAUCAAACAUUUUAUAAAAGCAACUUUUAGUUUUUUUUAUACAUUUUUAUAAAAGCAACUUUUAGUUUUUCAUACAUUUUUACACCUUAAUGUCACGAUGACCCGUACAUCUAUAAAAGGAUGCCAUAUUAACCGCAACUCUACCGACCCCUUUUUAAAAAAUUUGUGUAAUUUAAGACUUUCGAAGCAGAUUUUGUUUUGAUCAUUACAUUGAAUAAGCAAGCAUUGUAUGAAAUUCAGGUUCAAGUAUGUGUGUAUUUUUAAAAUUUGUUUAUAUGCGUGUGCAGUGGCGCUGUUAUGGUGGGGGAUUGGGGGAGAGAAUUAGAAAAGCCCCCACUUGAAGGGGGCACCAAAUGAGUGUUGAAUUAAUUUUUUGUACAUUUAAUAUUAAAUAUUACGCCAUUAUCUCAUGUCAUGAUGUCGAAUGUCAAAAUGCAGCCAAGUGAUGUGUGUGUGUGUGUGUGUGUGUGUGUGUUCGGGCUAUUAUUAUAAAUUGUUGCAAUCUGUAAAUAUAUUUAUAAAUAUAAACAACUAGUGCUUCAAGUCAACAACGCUAUUGGUUUUAAAACGUUAACAAAAUAUGUGUAAAAUUGAAAGUGUACACACAACAACGGCACUAUUAGUAAUGUGUACUGUGUACAUGUCAGUGAAUUGUCGCUGUGGACACAUGUUGGCACUAACAAUGAUUUCGAUGUAGAACUUUGGAUGUAGCAAGGUUGCGUGGUCAUGUGGUAUGUGCUGUGAACUGUCGUCUAGACCAGGGGUUCUCAACCUGAGGGUCGCGACCCCCUUGGUGGUCGAUUGACGAUUUGCCUGGGGUCGCCAAAGAUCAUCGAAAAAAUGGAUUGUAUUUUGUCUGUUCUUCUAUUGCUGUGUGUGUGUGUGCGGGGGGGGGGGGGGUCGCGGCAGAGUUGGGGAUUGUAAAAAGGGGUCGCCGAGCUUAAAAGGUUGAGAACCGCUAGUCUAGAUGGUCCCCGGGGUUCCCUACCGUCCUGCGGGAGGUUCGGGCUUGGAUGUGAUGCUCUUCAAUUCUGAAGGAACAUGUCAAACACAUGAACGAUAGCGCAGUUAAUUGACCGCUCUAACCAGUGGCGUAGCUAGGGUGAGGGGAAGGGGGGGGGGGGUCCAAAUUUGAAAUUCCACCCGGGCCCCCUUUUGAAGGGGCCCCCAAAUGAGUGUUUUUACAUUAAAUAUUACGCCAUCAUCUCUGAUGUAAUGAUGUCGAAUGUCAAAAUGCAUGGGCCCCUAAAGAAGUCAAGCCACCCCCAGGGCCCCCAAAUCCCUAGCAACGCCACUGUCUCUCAAUAACCUCCUCAUCAUAGCUACCGAUCAAAAUGCAAUGUGUAUACAUUUUAAAUUUUAUAAAAGUAAUUAAAAAACAACAAAACUUUUA